GUAGUUCCGAAGCCCGUUCCGAGGACCCUCCUUUUUACAAUAAGCCCGCUCCAAGGCCCCCGUUUUUUGCCUCGCCCGCGGCACACCCCUACCACUUUUUUGGUCGAGUGCCCCCCCGGGCCCCGCCCCCCUCCUAUCUAAACCGUUCUGCGGCUUGCUGUCUAAUUCUAUUUUUUUUUUCAUAGGGGGCUGGGGGGGGGGGCUCAGUUUAUUUUGUUGUUGUUGCUGAGCACUGUUGUUUUUGUUGGAGACCUCACAAACAAUAUAAGAUCGCUUUUAACCUUCGAGCCCCCCCCCCCCGUCCUCGUCACAUGCACACACUGGCUAGUCUGGGUAUUGGAGCUCGCGCGCUAGCUAGCUAGCUAGCUGCGGCCGACCACGGCCACGUCACGUCACUGCGCUGCGCUGCCUGACCGGAUUAGACUAAGCUAGUUCAUUGAAUUGAAUGAAAUUAAUGAUCGAGUGACUUUUCCGGGAGUCAUCAUGUGUUCCUUGGACUUGGUGGCACAGAUGUUCUUACUAUUACUAUUGCUACAAAAUGACGUAACAUUUGGAAGAAAUGUCAUGGUCCUUGUCGCGGAUGAUGGCGGAUUUGAGAUGGGAGUUUACAACAAUACUGUCAUCAAUACACCUCACCUAGAUGCCCUAGGAAAACAAAGUCUUGUGUUUAACCAUGCCUAUACCUCUGUCAGCAGCUGUUCACCUAGCCGGUCUGUCAUAAUGACGGGACUACCUCAGCAUCAGAACGGAAUGUACGGGUUACUCAAUGGCUAUCAUCACUUCCAGUCCUUUGAUGAAGUGAGAAGCUUGCCUCUCCUUCUCGGCAAAGCAGGAGUGCGUACAGGAAUCAUUGGAAAGAAGCAUGUUGGUCCCGAAUCUGUGUACCCAUUUGAUUAUUCUAAGACUCCAGAGGAUGGUUACCCCAUCAUGCAGGUCGGUAGAAACAUCACGCUCAUCAAACAAUAUGCCAGAGAAUUUCUCUAUGACAAGGAUGAAAGACCAUUCUUCCUGUAUAUUGGUUUCCAUGAUGCCCAUCGCUGUGGUCAUACACAUCCUGAAUUUGGUCAGUUCUGUGAGAAGUUUGGCAAUGGUGACCCUGACAUGGGUACCAUAGCUGACUGGAAACCGGCCAUAUAUGACCCUAAAGAUGUGCUGGUGCCGUAUCAUGUUCAGGACACGCCUGUAGCCAGGGAUGAUAUUGCUGCACAGUACACAACAGUUAGCAGGCUUGAUCAAGGUGUUGGUCUGAUGAUGGCUGAACUAGAAGCGGCAGGAUACCUGAACGAUACCCUUGUUAUCUACACAUCGGACAAUGGCAUUCCAUUUACCAGUGGGCGUACCAACCUAUAUGAGAGUGGGUCUAGAGAACCCUUCAUGGUCUCUUCCCCAUACCAUCAAGAUCGAUGGGGCCAGACGAGUGAUGCUUUUAUCAGUCUCAUGGAUAUUACACCAACAGUCCUGGAUUUCUUUAGUAUCAAGUACCCCAAGUAUAAGAUCUUCAAGGGCUUGGUUGAACUGACAGGGAAGUCCCUUCUGCCGGCGUUGACAUCGGAACCUACGGGAUGGAACGUGAGUCUGUCCAGUCACGACCUGCAUGAGAUCACCAUGUUUUACCCUCAGCGUGUCAUCAGAACUCCGCAGUAUAGGCUUAUUCACAAUAUGAACUUUGCCAUGCCGUUUCCCAUUGACCAGGAUUUCUUCAUCUCGCACACAUUCCAGGACAUCUUAAACAGGACUAGGGAUCACAAACCCUUAAACUGGUACAAGACGCUCAAGGAAUACUACUAUCGACCUGAAUGGGAGCUCUUUGACCUUUUGGCUGACCCCACAGAGGUCAAUAACCUUGCUCAUGUUGGCAAGUUUCAAAAACUCAUUGUGAAUCUUAAAAAGCAGUUGUUGGAUUGGCAGACAGUCACAAAUGAUCCCUUCAGAUGUCAUCCAUGGGGGGUAUUAGAAGAUGCAGGGGAUUUUAAGUACAGCCCAACAUGUCUUCCUUUAGAUAAUGGAUUAUAAAUCAUAUCAGUUCUGGAAGGGGAUGUCCCCAGAAAAAAAUAUUUUGUGUGCUUUUUAGGACACCAGUCAUUGAGUGUGUACACAUUUAUACACACUGCCAUGUGAAUGGAGGUCACAAAGUUUACAUACACUACAUAAAUACCCACUGCCAUGUGAACUUGGGGGGGGGGGGGGGUCACAAAAUGUUGAUUAUGACUUUUAAAAAUUGCAAUAAAUUUCCAAUUGGUGCAGUAUAUAGCGCAGCACUCUAUUGGCCACAUGAUGCUUUAGUAGUAGAAACCCCACGUGCAAUUUCAAAAUGUGUUUUGGGUUGAAGGAGAUUGAAACUCUUGAAACCAGAUGAAUUCAUGUAUAAAAGAGAAAAAUCAAAUAAAGAGAUCAAUGAAAGUUUGAAGAUUGAAUGAAUAAUAUAAAAAUCAUGAGCAUAUUGAGGUCACUAUACUAUGUAGAUCCUCCAUUGGCAAUGCGAACAAGAUCUGUAAUGCUGUACAUACAACUUUCUCAUUUUCUUCUUAAAUUUUCUCUUUCAGAUAUUCAUUUUUCUGAGAGAACAUGUAAUAGAGCUUUCACAACAAUGUAUCAUGGAUGACUGGUUUGUUAUGUUAAUAAUUUGAAUGAGUAGAAACAGAUGUGUUUGGGUAUAUUUUCAGAGUCCGAAUGGGAGAGUUGUACAUUUGUGACAUCGCAGACCUUUUUCACAUUGCCAAUAGGGGGAGGAUCUCCAUAGCAUUUAAUAGUAAUUUAGACAUUCAAAAUACUCAUAUUUCUUUAUGGCUUUUCCAAUUUUACUCAAAUUUUCAUUGACCUUUUAUUUUUCUGCUUUCUCAGUUCUUAACCAGGGUUUCAUUCUCCUUUAAACAUGACAUUCUUUUUAACUUUGUGAAACAUCCCUUGCAAUCAGCUACAAAUACAAUAGAUUGCAAUUUUUUUUUCAUGUUUGGACCAGCAAUGUGCUAUUGAAAUACAAUAGAUUGCAAUUUUUUUUUCUUUGGACUUACAAUGUGCUAUUGAAUGCAAAACAUGUUGGAUUGCAAAUUUUCUUGCAAUGCCUGAUUAAUUUGGUUAUGAGAACAUAUCCUCACUAAACUAACUUAAGGUCAAACUCAGGAGGUCAAAGUGAGCAAUAACUUUGUAAGUCUUCUAAAAUUUAUAUCAUCAUACGCCUGAGGAGUUUUUACACAUUUUAACUCUUUGCACACUGAAUUAAUUCUGGGGGAUAAUAAUGACAAUUUAUUAUUUUAAUAUUUUCUUUGAAUCUAGAUUUUAUUUCGCACCAUUGUACUGAUAAUUAUUCUCUAGAUAUUUACCCAAGAAUGAGAGCCAUUUGUAAAUUUUCCUGUACUAACGGUGGGGGUAAAAGUAGAUAACUAAUUAUUACAAUGUUAUUUUUGAAUUGUACGGAUAUUAUUAUUAUUACUUGUACUGCGCUUUUCCCAUUAGGCCCAAAGCACUUACAAUGAAUUAAUUAAAUGUAAUAUUUUAAAAACUACAAAGUACGAAAGAGAUGAGUUUUUAAUGACUUUUUGAAAAUUGCUUAUGUUGGAGAAAGUAUUAAUUGUUUGCAACGUGCAGAGCAAUCCGGACAUUGUAAGCUAGAACCUAUUAAGUCGGCAACACAAAUAUUUAGCGUAUGUUUGCACUUUCAUUAAUAUAGCACAGAAGGCCAUCAGUAGAGAGAAUGUCAUGCAUAUUCGGGAUUUUCUUUUGAAGUGAAAUUUUAAUUAUUUUUCUACCAGUCAUUUUGCACAUAUUUAUUUGUAUCUGAUUUAUAUUUAGCCUCAUAUAUAUGUAUGUCCAAGUUUCUUGCUUCACUCACACACUGGCAGGGGAAUUUAUUCCCCUCUUUUUCAUAGAACUCAUCAAUGGUGCUAACUUGUAUAAUAUUUUUUUUUGUUCUGUCUGCAGAAUAAAACUCAUAAUAUAUAAUUUUUUUUGUUUGGGGGGGGGGGGGAGCAUAACAUGUAGUUCAAACGGAUCUGUACUCGAAAUAAUAUCCCUUAAAAUGUACAGUACACAAAUUACCGGUAAAUAUAUUUUAUUAAUAUAUUUUAUUGUCCAACAUUCUACAAAUUUUUGUACAGUGUUUGAGUUAAUGAUGCAUAACCAGGAGGCCAUUACAUAAAGCUGUUCCUGAAGUAAGGCAUGACCUAAUGAAUGUUUGUAGUAUGACAAAGCCAAAUGCGUGUAUCAAACCAAGUCAAUUGCAAUAGCUUUAAGUCUACAGUGAAUAGUAUAUAUUUUUUCCUGAAUAUUUUGUUCUCAUGAUAACUUGUGGCUCCCAAUUUGCACAUCAUACCCCAUUUUCCAUAGUCAUGCCUAACUUGAAAAAAGGAAUCACUUUCCACUGGUCAUAUUAAAAAAACCUUGAUAAAGCAGUUUGUGCAAUGUCUUAAUGAGUAAGUAUCCUGCUAUAAAGAAAGCAAGUGUCUUUCACAGCCGUUUAAUGCAUUCCCUACUGUCUUGUUAGCGAUUCAUCGCUGAUAUGAAAAACAUAUUUGAAAUAAUUCUGAUUGCUUCCUGUGUUUUGGGGCCCUGGUAAGGUGCCCUUAGCAGGUAACUUAAUGCGGCCAGUUCAAUUACUAAACAAAUUUUUAGGUUUCAUGAACAAUUAUUCUGGAGCUGUAACACAAAGCUAAGUGCUAGAUCACAAAGUUGACCUGGGCCCCGUCAUACAAAAAGUUGCAAUUGAUCUGUCCUAACACAAAAAUGGACAGCCAGCAAUGUCAAUAUUUAAAAUGAAAAUUUGUUCUAAAUAUUUUCUAGAUAUGAUGUAUAUUCAUACAUCCAUCAUUCUCUUGAAGAUUCAGUGUGAUUCUCUUUGUUUACUAAGGAGAUUUGUGCAAAUUUCCUGUAGAAAAAAAUAUGGUGUGGAUCAGUCGUAGCUCUUUGUAAGACAGGGCCCUGAAUGCUUGAUUGCACAUAAUGAUCAAUGCAAUCAAUAAAAAUCAGCUGAUGAUCAAUCACUAAGAUUUGUGAUACAGGGCCUGGGAAUUCUUUUUGUAUAUUCAUGCUGAUUUUACAAAAUGCACUAUUUCGAGCAUAAAGAAUGUAAACAAGUAUCUACUUUAAUAGGUAAAACCAUGCAAAUCAUUUAUUUUUAUACAUGUUUUCCCUUUAUAUAUAUUGAAAUAAAACUAAUAAUUUGUUACUCAUCAA